AUGAUAUUCAAGUUCAACAACCAAUUUUUUGAUACUGUCUUAGCUCUCAGCUCUGGUAUUCGAUCUUCCCUGGGAAAGCCUGAACGCACCCCUCAACAGUACUUGAAUCCGUUCUCCCGAACGUGGAGCAAAGAACCAUCACCUGGUUAUCCAAAAUCAUCUGAUGAGCCAGACACGUUGUACCGUUAUAAGUGGUUAUCCUCCACUUCCCGGCGUCCUCGUUCCAUGCUGGGAGAUGAUCUCAAGUCACUUGGAUCCGGAUACUCUGAUUUCGGAAGAGAGAAGAGUCCGAAUUACAGGAUUAAACACAGAGCUCUUAGUCCGGAUUUCAGAACCCUCAGGGAGAAGAGUCCGAAAUACAGUAGCAAACAGAGGCCUCUCAGUCCGGAUUUUAGGACGUCCAGGACGCCAGCGUUGACAGGUGGAUCUGUGUGGUAUCCCAAAACUACUCAGUAUUGCUCAAAUACACAAACAAAGCCAAGAGAUCUCCUGAAAGUUAGGCCGAGCUCAUAUUAUUUGCCACGAUAUUUCACUGGCGAUCACGGACGAGAGUCCGGUGGCUGGAGAGAGAGGUUGUCUCUUCAAAGCUACGCCACUGGAGCUCAACAUCACCAAGUGGUGGAGAGGCAAUGGCACUACCUCUGCGAUGGAGAGGAGGAAGAGGAACUCCCUCCAGGUUUUGCUUAUAUGACGAGCAGGGGGACUUCUGAGGGGGGAGAUGAGGAUAGAAGUGUCGUCUCCAGAACAAGGAGGAUGAAGAUCGAGCGGUUGUCUACUGAAGUGGCAGUUAUAGAUACAGAAACGCAGUUGGAUGUGGAUGAUUUCAAAAAAUGCUUAGCUCGUGAAGAGCGAAAAUUUAAGAAAGGGUUUAUAUCGUCAAGAUACACGUCGUGGGACGAUCCUAUAAGAACUUCGUAUAGCAAGUAUCUCUCUCCUGUGCCCUGGAAAAACAGCAGCAGCAGCAGUUAUGAAUCCAGUCGUUGGCUACGAAGUAGUAAGAGAGAACCCCAUUCUGAAACCGAAUCUAAAAAUUCAGGAAAACUGAACAAGGACUUCAGAAAAUCUCUCUUGAACGUGAAUCUCCCUGAAGCAGACACUAAUACCCUGAAGCAAAGAAAUUUCAGACUAAGCCGAUCCUCAUACACUUCUGAAGAUGGUGAAACUGGAUAUGACAGCCACUCUUCAUGCACUGAUGCAGAUAAAUCCAGUGGUGAAGCUGAAAGUAUUGUUACCGAUUCGCUAGACAGGUCAUAUCUUGAGCUGAUGAGUCCGUCUUGCAAGGACUCCCGGAUAAGUACUCCCUUCGAGUUCGACGACUACCCUCUACCUGAGGCGUUUCGACCCGAAAGUACUUCUGAUUUUGAUUCCUCGGUGGCUUUGGAUGCUUUCCAUCAGGAUGAGUACCAUACUCAUUUAGACAAUGUCGGUACAAAUGACGAAGAAAGAAUACUGGAACACCUUUGUUUCGGUUUCACUUCUCCGAACGAGGGGUCUUCUCAGAGAGAUUCCGGAUUUUCAGAGCUAUAUCCCAACUGCGAUUCACCAAAAGAACUCUACCUGAUCGGGAAUUGCAGGGAUAUAGAUUUUUUGCUAUCCGAUACUGAUUUGGAUGCUGGUGCUUUCGAAACAUUCGAAGACUUUGAGCGUAGGAUCGAACGACAGAAAUCUAACAUUAGAACGAGACAUAUUGAACGUACUAUUAACAGAAGUGAGUUGGAACUAGAUCUAAAUCGGUUCAUUGGCUCUUGUCACGAUAUAGAUGAAAUGCUCGGUUUACCAACUCCACUUAGUCCGGAUGAACAUCCCGCAGCAGCAUUUGAAGAAUACAUAUCGUCUGAUUGGGCCUGA